AUGUCAAGGGAUUCGGAACAACCACCAUUGAAGGUGCAUGUUAUUGAGGAGCCUCCGGUAACAACGGAGCCGGAGCCGUUUUUCCACUGUAGUGAAGGUGGCGGCAAUAUACCAAUUGCAAUUGAUUUUGGCUCUUAUGAAGUAAGAGCUGGCUAUGUUAAUGAAGCGCUGCCUGUUUUAGUGUACCCCAAUAGGUUAGCACGUUAUAGGGACCGUAAAGCCAGUAAAACGUAUACCUUUGUCGGUAACGAUACCAAUCUCGAUCAGUCUAUUCGAACUCAAAGCAAGAGUCCAUUCGAUGGAUCAAUGAUUACAAAUUGGGAUUAUGUUGAAGAUAUGUUGGGCUAUACCUUCAACCAUCUCGGAGUUAAAGGACAAGGAGGAGUUAAUAAUCCUGUGUUAAUUACGGAGCGAAUGGCGGCGUUACAGUCACAGCGGUCGAAUUGGUAUGAGCUGUUAUUUGAGUGCUAUGCUGUUCCAAAAGUGACCUUUGGUAUUGACAGUUUAUUUUCAUUUUUUGGGGAACAACAACGUCCCGAUAGUACAGGUUUGGUCAUCAGCAGCGGCAACGGAGACACGAAUGUGAUUCCUGUGGUUUGCGGCAAAGCAGCUCUUACAGAAGCUAAACGUAUUAACUGGGGAGGAAGACAGUCUGUGGAUUAUCUCAGCGGACUUCUUUCUUUGAAGUAUCCUUAUUUCCCCACUAAACUUGCAACAAGCCAGUUUGAGACCAUGUACCACUCAUUCUCAUAUGUGGCAACAGACUUUGCUACUGAACUGGAAGAUAUGUUAACCCUAGAGAAAUUGGAAAAAGAAGAUAUUGUCGUGGAAGCUCCCUUUACAGAAAUUGUGACAGUUCAAAAGACCGAAGAGGAAUUGCAGCUACAAGCGGAAAAGCGGAGGGAAACAGGAAAGCGGUUACAAGAACAAGCCAAACAGCGGCGCAAGGAGAUGCUACAACAAAAGGAGGAAGAAUACGAGUAUUAUCUACAAAUUCGGGCCCAAUUGCAGGACCAACCAAAGAAGAAUAUUCUGUCAACAUUGCAAAAUGCCGGAUUUGAUGAUGAAGAUGAUUUCCAGAAGUACAUCACCAGCUUGGAACGUACAUUGAAACGUGCACGUAUUCUUGACGCAGACGAUAACGAUGAGGAUGAGAAAGCUGAGCCAACUUUUGAUUUGUUGAAUAUCCCUGAUGAGGAGCUUUCUGAGGAGCAAAAAAGGGAAAAGAGAAAACAGCGGCUGAUGAAAGCUAACUACGAUGCUAGGAUGAAGGCAAAGGAAGAGAAGCUGGAGCAGCAGAAGAAAGAGGAAGAGGCGAGACUAAAGGACGAACAGUGGCGGAAAGACGAUCUUCAAGGUUGGAUCAAGAAUAAACGUUUACGGUUGUCUCAGUUAAUGAAGACCAGAAAAGAAAAGCUGAAGAUGAAAGACGAUAUGAAAGAUCGUAAGUCCCAAGCUGCUCAGAAACGUAUGAAAAACAUUGCAUCCUUAGCCGAAGAUAGUAUUUCGAGUAAUAAGAGAUCGAGGCAACAGGCAACUAUUGAUAAUGAUCCCAACGAUACAUUCGGUGCGAAUGACGAUGACUGGAUGAUAUACAAUGAUAUAUCACAAAGUCCAGAAGCUUUAGAUGAAGCUAUAGAGGAAGAAUACAAAAUAAUUGUAGAGAUAGAAAAAGAAUUGUUAGAGCACGAUCCAAAUUUCACGGAGGAAGAUACCCUGGAAGCUCAAUAUGACUGGAGAAAUUCGAUCUUACAUCUUUUUCUAAGAGGCCCGCGGCCUCACGAUAGUGAAAAUGUUCAUGAACAAUAUCAGCUACAUUUGAAUGUGGAGCGCAUUCGUGUCCCUGAGGUUAUUUUUCAACCGUCAAUUGGAGGUCUUGACCAGGCAGGGAUUGUGGAACUAUCUGAGACAUGUUUGCUGAGAAAGUUUGGUUCUAGUAGAAGCCAACUAAGUGAAAUCAGCAGUAACAUGGCCAAAAAUGUGUUCAUAACGGGUGGUAACGCACGAUUGCCAGGGAUUAGGGAACGCAUUGUGCGUGAGUUCACUGGCUUCCUACCGGUUGGCACCGAUCUCAAUGUGAGAUUGGCUGAAGAUCCCUCGUUAUCUGCCUGGAAAGGUAUGGCAAAGUUUGCCAAUACUGAACUGUACGAAAGUUCAAUAAUGACCAAAAAAGACUUUGAAGAAUAUGGACCGGAAUAUAUAAAGGAACAUAAUCUAGGGAAUGCCAAAUAUGUAGAAUAA